AAGCAGCGUAGCCCAUAUAGCGUAUCCUUAGAGCCGUGACGCGCUUCCGGUAUGUGAGCAUCGCUGAGAGGUGAGUACGGAGCGCUGUUUGUGUCCCCGCCAGCCUUUAUAAUAUAUACUGUGACCCGCUGUGCCCACCCCCACCCCGGCCAUACCACUGAUGCUGCUCUUGUUGUCCUCAGACGGCCGGUGAUCAUGACGUGUGUGCUCAGCGGUCCGACCGCCGUGUGCGAUGUCAUUACCGAGCUAGAUACUCAGCUGGCUGUAAGUAAGCAGCGUGUGAGCAUGAGCCGCCCGCACAGUGAUACCGGGUAUCGCUUUACUCUACAGCCCGACUAACCGAGCGCCCAGCGAGCCCCGUGUGUGCACACAGCCAUGGCCGGGACACUAAUACACGCCAUGUAAUCCAUAACAGUGCUGAGUAUCUACCGCUAAUAUACACUGCGCUGUGUGCAAUCAGUGACUCCUCGGGGUUGUGGUUGUAAUGUGUGUGCAGUAAUAGUGAGUGAUGUGAGGGUAUAUUCCUUGUAUAGGGAGUCUGAUUGUUGCACAGUAUUACUGUACUAUUUACAUAUAUUGUAUAACAUUACUAUUUAAUGUUCUUUCUCCAAUCACCAUUGGCAAAUAUAAAUUCAUCCCUGCUAAGUCUGUUGACAAACUUUUUAAAGAACACUCCCAUCUCUAUACCAACCCAAGCUUAUAUAAAGUGAACCUGUAACCAAAAUGUUUAAUUACCUUAGAUUGUCUCCAAUACACUGAAUACAUAAUGUAUUACAGAAAUGCAUGAUGUAUUCCCUGUACAAAGUCAAGAUAAACUUCCCUUACCUCUGUUCCGGCACCGCUUUAUGUUAUUGUUUAACACCCUCCUCCAGUCCAUCCUCUCUGCUCCUCCUCUUCUGUGUUUUGUCCUGCUUGGGGACACUUACCCUAGCAGGAGAAACCUCCUGUAAACAAAUGACAUGCUGACUUCAUUGCCAUCGUCCGAAUGGAGAGAUAAGUCACUCUGUUCCUAUACUUCUUAGCCAUUGUUUGCAGCUUGGAAGUUUCCAUAACAACUACAGCUGCUAUGCUUGAGAGAGCAGAAGGACCAUCUGUCGGGGAUGUGUUCUGCUCUUCUUUGUCAAUCAGAUCUUUGGUAUAGAGUCUAUGCCAAAGAUUUGACUUACAGGUGGGAGAAAUACCUAUUUUUAAAUAACAGGUACCCUUUUGUGUUGUGACGGGGACAGGAGUGUGUGGCCACUUUCUUACUUUCGGGGUUUAAAGGACCACUCUAGGCACCCAGACCACUUCAGCUUAAUGAAGUGGUCUGGGUGCCAGGUCCUUCUAGGGUUAACCCAUUCUUUUAUAAACAUAGCAGUUUGAGAGAAACUGCUAUGUUUAUGAAUGGGUUAAGCCUUCCCCCAAAUCCUCUAGUGGCUGUCUCAUUGACAGCCGAUAGAGGCGCUUGCGUGAUUCUCCCUGUGAAAAUCAUUGAUAAUGCUUUCCUAUGCGACCGGCUGAAUGCGCACGCGCAUUCAGCCGACGGGGAGGAGAGGAGGAGGAGAGCUCCCCGCCCAGCGCUGGCAAAAGGUACAUUUUUACCCCCUUCCAGAGCCUCAGGGCACUAUAGUGCCAGGAAAACGAAUAUGUCUUCCUGGCACUAUAGUGGUCCUUUAAACUGUUUAACAACUGUUCAAUCCUGAAAUUUUGGCUCCAGUACUCCUACCUCCCUGACUCUCUUCCUCUCUGCUGUGCAGUGCAAAGAAAAGCAUAGCCAGGAGGCUGCUGCUCUCAGCCUAUCACGGUCCAUAAAAUUUUUCUCAAUGUACACCCAUUGCUAGGGUGAGAGCAUCAUCUGGCGGUCGCAGCCUUAUACUGGUCGUCUGGCUAUCUUUUCUUCAUACUUCACAGUAGAGAUAACUGGAAACCUGAGGCAGGAACGAUGGGUGCUGAAGCCCAAACUUUAAAGUUGUUUUCUCCCAAAGUUUCUGUUCUGACCAGGCUUGGAGAGCGGGUAUAAGAGUUGAAAAUCCAACAUCAAUAAAGGAGAUGCCUUUCAACACCCAUGCUGUAGACCUAGGCACCUUAGAAACCGUGUUUUAUUCAUGGUGUCACUGUGAGCUUGUUCAUUUAUAAGGAGCUGCUUAUUUAGAGUUAUAUAGGGGGUUUAUAAUCAGUGAGUUUUGGCACAUUUUCAGAAAUGCUAGCUUGCAUGCUUCUGUGCAUGUUUGUCUGUUAGCAUGGGUUGCUGUAUGUAUGACUGCACAAGACGUAUAUAGAUGUCCAUUUGGUGGUUGGCGGUGAUGGCAUAAAGGCAUUGUGCUCUAGGGAACGGUGCAAUAUGUUAGCUGGAUGCAGUGUCUGGUGGUUUAUGCAAUAAGCAGACAAGAUAUUAUUUUAAGGGAUCAUAGUGAAACUGAUCUUAUUUAGAAAUAGUUGUUUUGGACUAUAUAUGUAUUUUUUUUUUAUGGAUAUUUAUCACAAAUCUUCAAAGGAAAGGAUCCAAUAAUACACAGUCCUGUUGUAUGUAUAUAAACUUAGCUACAGCUUCAAGCUGUAAUUGCUAUUGUUUACACUAUGGAGUUUGACGUUCGGAGCCACCUCCUCUGGCAUCAGCUAUCUUAUUCAGAUCACAUGCAAGGUUAUUCACUAAAGUGAGAAUUGUUGGGAAUUUAAAUGAAUUCACAUUGAUUUUCAAAAUUAGGGCCAAAAUUAUUGAUAUUUAUAGAGUGCUGUCAAAUUCCGCAGCGCUUUACAAUGGGUGGACGAACAGACAUGUAGCUGUAACCAGACAAGUUGGACACACAGGAACAGAGGGGUUGAGGGCCCUGCUCAAUGAGCUUACAUGCUAGAGGGAGUGGGGUAAAAUGACACAAAAAGGUAAGGAUAGUAUUAGACUAGUGACAGUUGCAGAAGAGGAAUCAGUCAGGAGCUAUUAACAGUUUAAUUGAUAUGCUUUUAUGAAGAAGUGGGUAUUUAACGAUUUUUUGAAGGUGUGGAGACUGGGUGAGCAUCUAACGGAGGAGGGAAGCGAGUUCCACAGGAUCAAAAUCAGGUACAAAAUCUCAGUUAUGCUAUGAUUUCCGUUUGGCUACUUUGGUGCUAAAUUUUAAUUCACUUUGAAUUUCAGACAAUUCUUCCUUUAGUGGAUAACACUGAUAGAUUGUAUGACAAUGCCAUUAUGCAUUCCAUUUCGUAAGGGAAUGUUGACCCAAACACUCUACCAAUACCAAAAAACAAUUCUAUUUAUUGUUUUAAAAUGUUUUGUUUAGAAACCUUGUCGUGAAACUUGUCACCUUGUACAGUGAGGGGAAAAGUGUCUCUAGCGGCUUUCAAUGAGACAGCCACUAGAGGCUGGAUUAACCCAUAUGUAAACAUAGCAGUUUCUCUGAAACUGCUAUGUUUACAGCAGAAAGGGUUAAUCCUGGAUGGACCUGGCACCCAGGCCACUUCAUUGAGCUGAAGUCAUCUGGGUGCCUAUAGUGGUCCUUUAAGGUUUCGAGGCUGACGUUUGGCAGCUGGAACCUUCAGCUCUCUCCACAGAUUUUCUAUGGGAUUAGACUGGCUAGGCCACUGCAGGAUCUUAAAGGGACACUAUAGUCACCUGAACAACUUUAGCUUAAUGAAGCAGUUUUGGUGUAUAGAACAUGCCCCUGCAGCCUCACUGCUCAAUCCUCUGUCAUUUAGGAGUGAAAUCCCUUUGUUUAUGAACCCUAGUCACACCUCCCUGCAUGUGACUUGCACAGCCUUCCAUAAACACUUCCUGUAAAGAGAGCCCCAAUGCACAUUCAGCCAGUCUCAUAGGAAAGCAUUAUCAAUGCUUUCCUAUGGACGCUGGUGUCUUCUCACUGGGAAAUUAAGCUGAAGUGGUCUGGGUGCCUAUAGUGGUCCUUUAAGAAUAGAAAGCUAAUACCUAAAGUCUUCAUUUAAUAGAUAAUGAUUCUCUGAGAUUAGAAUUCCCAUUUGUCUGUGCAGGUCUACCUCUAAUUUAACACAGUACACACACAACAAUGGGCUAUCAAAUUGCUGUUUAGUAGAGGUAUCACUGCAAAGGCAAAUGUGAUUUCUAAUACUAACCUGAAGGUCCGUUUGCAGUUAUCAUAGCAUUGAAAACUAAAAUGCUAGGAAUGCACCACAAAGGACCCUCCUGCACUCACAGAGCCUUUGAGCCAAUGAUACCCCCCCUCCCCUCUCUUCGACACAGAACCUUGCCUUCUCUUCCCUAUAGUGUGGGAUCACAUUUUCCCCUUCUCCAUUAUGACUGGCAUUUCAGUUUGCCAUUACAAAUAUGGCAUGUAGAUAAAUUCUUUACAUGUCAGCCUGUGUGUCUUCUCCUUGGCUUCUAAUUUAUCUGCUUAGCGUCCAGUGCUCUCAGAAGGGCAACAUAUAUUUUUUUUUUUUUUGUAAAAACUAUCCAUAGUUCAAGAUGCAAAACUACAGUAUCUUAAUAAGGCUUAAACCUAUCAUAUGCAUUUGUUCUAAUGCCUGGCGUUGGAUCAUGUUUAACUUUGUUUUGGAAAGGAGAAAGCAUGUGGUUUAUGUAACUUUGAGUUGCUAAGAUUACCAAAGUAAUACCAUGGUGAAACAGCGGGCCACCUGAAAAAGGUACAAUUUUUUUUUUCUGACAUAUGGUGGCAGUACGUAUGGGUUGUGCUUCCUAAUUGGGACAAGCAUCUGCAAGAUAGGUGAUUAAGAAAAGUAGGGAGGCACCGAAAUGAAAAUUCUGGGCCGAAAAUUCAGGAAACCCUUGGUCAAAAACCUAAAUCAAAAAUGACUUUUUUUCUAGAAUGAUUUUAAAGUUUUUUUCUAUAAUUUUAUUAAUAUUAGACUUUUUAAUUAAUUUAUCGAAUCUAAUAUGAACAACUACAAGUCAAUAAAAUAACCACACUUUUAUUGAAAGUAACAAAGCACAGAAAAAUAACUUAAAAAACAAGAUAAAUAAAAAUCUGUUAAAUCUGUUUGUCAUAUAGGACUGAAGAAUAAUAUAUUGUUGAUAUUAAUUUAAUAUCAAUAUACAUUCUUUAUUCAAUUCUAUGUAACAGAAUCAGAUUUAACAUAUUGUUUUAUUGUAUCUAGUACAGUAAUCUGUAGGUAUGAAAACCUGGAGCUUGUUCAGCUAUAAAUAUGUAUAGAUACCAUAACAUUAAAAUUAUGCAGAUAUAUAAUCUGUAAUCUGUGUGUGCAAAUACCAUAACCUAGACAGAAAACAGCUGGUCGUCUCUAUAACCCAGUUUAGGGGUAAUAUUAUACUGCAUUACCCCGUUUUGAGGUAGUAUUUUAUUUUUAUUACUUUUAUUACUCAGUUUCUGUGAUUUUAAUUGAUUAUAAAAUACAAGCUGUACUCUGCCUAAAUGCCCAUACCAAAAAUGGGGUACAUUGUCCAUCUCCAUGGAGAUAUGUUCACUUAUUAAUUCUUUAUUUUUCCGUGCAUUUAUGUUGGAACGUGCAAACUUAUGAUGCUACAGCACACUCACAAGCAAUUACAGUGGCUUCGGUUGUGGCUUGUUUACACAUUGUACACAUUAAUAAAGAGUAGAACUAAGUCAUAGGAAACAAGCAUAGUAUGACUGUCAGCUGCUAGGUUGAAUGCUCAAUGUUAGAAAGAAACAUGUAUUACUUCAGUCGGGAGUAAAACAGUGGAAGUGUGUGUGCACGUUUUCAAUUUCAAGUGAGGCGAGUCUGCCCGUGCUAUGGUUGUCCCAUUAUAAAUUGGCUUUCGUGCCACAUUUGAGGCCUAGGGUCUUUGCUAGAUUUUUAGCAGAGGUUGUGUGACAGGUGUGCAGUGUGGUGAGUGGUGUAGUGUCAAAACCUAGCCUAAGGGGAUCAUGGGGGGGGAGGGGGUUCGUCACGGCCUGUUUUAGUGGUAGUAUCACUCAGUGGUCCGUCAAGGGGAAACAGUAGCUAAAUUUGGAGUAAAAAGAACACCAGGGUUAGCUUAGAGAGGAGAAGAAAAGAACAUGGAGACAAAUAGUAUGCAUUUUGUGGCAUGUUCAGUUCACCGCCUCUUGCCUCCUAUUACUCCUGGGGAUGAAUGGAACUGUUCUGUCUGGAUCCCAUUCAUGGGAGGUUGGUGGUGUCUCAGCAUUGGGGUGUUCAGUGAUAGUCCCGGUUUUUGGAGGAAGGCUGGGACCUCUGACAGAGUGGAGAUUUUCAGGACGUCGUCACCUCUGAUAACUGCCAGUGUUUUGGUAGUAGCCAUCUGUAUUCUAACUUUCCUUGCUGUAGUCGAGCAGUCUCCCAAGGACUAUCUACAGAGUAGGGUGUUCCAGGUUAUUUCUUGGUAGAAGGUGAGUUGUGAUGAUUCAGAGUCUAAUGGCGUCUUGCCCCUCACCAGGAUGUGUUGUUUGUUGGACGUGGAGUGGCAGCGGACUACCGGACACCUCAGUUCUUCCUUGUCCCAGCACAGGACAGGUCAAGUGUCUGUUGAAGGUGAGGAACACAGGUUGCUGUCUGGGGGAGGAAGCCAGAUAGCCGCCCGGGUGGUAGGCUGAGCAACAUGGCUCUGUCCGUAGAGGUUCUGGAGCCCUUUCUGUUUAACUUUGCGCCGAGUAUGUUCCCGGCUUGAAAAUGGGUGGGCUGGGGGGGUCACCUUCAUUAUGUUGCAGGCCAUGCGCCUGCGCAUAGCUGCGGAACACACGCCCGGGCGUUCCACCGAAGUUCCGGGUGCACUAUAGCAGUGGGAAACCGCCGAGUGCGGAUCGCUGUGGUGUUCCCUCUGGCAACAGGAAGCUUGUCAGAAGGGUUCCCAAUGUCGUUCAUUAGGAAUUAAUCGGUCAUGGGGCAGGAUAAAUCUGCUAAACUUUAAUGAGGGUUAUCUGUUCCUCAAACCCCAUGUCUUUCUUAUAUGCAAAAAUGGGAACACUAUGUGUAACAAGCCUUUCUUGCCCAGCGUUUAAUGUUGUUAUCAAAUGGGUAAAUGUUACACCUCCAGGUACACUGGGAAUCCAUAAAAUUCUGAAUUCAGAAGUGUGGCGAAAUUAACAUCGCCACUUGUGCCUGGAGAGGACUACUUGCCAGCCUCUUGCCAUGUGAUUAUGGUCCCUGGGAGGUUUGGCCCUUUCAAUACAGGAUUUGGGCAUAAUGGAUUUUUGUUGUUCUGCUGCUGGCCAUUUAACUCCCAGAGAAAGGAUUUGUACUUUUAAACUGGUACUUCGGAUGCAGUCGAAGUGCCGAAGUAGUUGAAGUGGCCGACAUUUGAAAACCGAACACGUGGCGGCGGCCAUUUUAAUUUAGUUGAAUGCGGUCAGUGGUGCGUGCCACUGAAUCUAUGGAACCUAAAUCGGCUACACAUUUGCACGAAUACUGCUGACCCUUACCUUCUAAUGAACUUCGACGCUUCGGCUGGAAUCGAAGUGCAUUCGACAAUUCGAACGCACUGUUAGACUAGGCUAUUUGCCCGGACAUGCAUUCGAAUGAAACUUAGACAUUUUUCUGUGUGAAAUGGACCGACUGCACAGCCCAAAUCUAUGGAACUCUUUUGGGCAUGAAUAUGUGCUUGUGGUCGGUCAAAUAGGACUUUCCCUUAACUUUUUAACUUUAAAGUAUGCUGAUUCUGAAAAUGUAUGUUUUGUGUGAAUGGCAUGUAUAUUUUGGAAGUUAUUAAUAUUUUGUAAAAACUGUAUUUCUCUGCCUGUGAUAAUUACAUUAACCCAUUGUGUAAGGUAAAUGUAUCAUAGGCAGAGGGGAGGAUUUUGUGUGGGAGUGUCAGAAUGUAUGUUGCGUAUUGAUUGGUUGUACUUCAAACCCCUGUGGGUGUUCCCUCUGGCAACUGUGUGUAUGUAGAAUGCAUUUCUUUUUUGACUAUCUUUAUUUUUCAUUUUACGUUGUACAUACAGGUUAGUAAGCAGAGGUUCAACACAACGAUAACAAAGAAAGUUAUUGCGAUAUUACAACACAAAGAGCUGUAUACUGUAAUUCUGCAUUUCUAUAUGAAGUGUGGAUAGCUCAGUGGGUUUAGAGCUUGUUCAGCCCAUAGGGUUCACAGGUUAAUUUCCCUUCAGGGUUGUCUCAGCCCUUCAUCCCUUUGGGGUAGAUGACUGGAGUACCAUUCAAUGGAGUGUCUUAACAUUCACAUGAUGCAUUUGGGAAACCGUAUACACCUGUCUCUUGCCUGGCUUUAAAGUAGAACCUGCUUGCUCUUUUUAAAUCUGCCCAAUCCAUAAUCUUCCGAACAUCUGAUACUCUAUUUACAGAAACAGUGUUCAUGUUGGAUUCAAGGAGUUUGAGAUAUGGUUCUGUGAACCACGAAGUUCAUUGGGUUCCUUCCUGGUUAUCAAACUCUGAUCAUUCCUUUCAAACCGGUUUUGAAUUUAAAUUAAUUGGUUCCUCUCUUGAGGUUCAGAAUCAAAACAUCUGAUUCUGCAGAAAGGAAUUUCAUGGUGUUUGUAGAUCAGAUGUCAUGGUCUUAUUGUUAAUCAGGACGGUUGCCCUUUAAGUAUGUCCAGGUAGCUAGCAGAGCGCUACAGCAACACUGUUGGAUGCAGAGACUAUAAUGUUUUUUCUUCUUCUCCAGGACACACCGGGUUUUUUUUUUUUGUUCGUGUUAAAGGGACACUAUUGUCACCAAAACAAGUUUAGCUUAAUGAAGCAGUUUUGGUGUAUAGAUUAUGCCCCUGCAGUCUCACUGCUAAAUUCUCUGCCAUUUAAGAGUUUAAUCCCUUUGUUUAUGAACCUUAGUCACACCUCCCUGCAUGUGACUUGCACAGCCUUCCUAAGCACUUCCUGUAAAGGGUCAUCUAAAGUUUAUCCUUCCUUUAUUGCAAGUUCUGCUUAAUUUGGAUUUUUUUUUAUCCCCUACUAUGUUAAUAGCUUGCUAGACCCUGCAAGGGUCUCCUGUAUGUGUUUAAAGUUAAGUUUACAGAGAAAGAGAUACAAUUGUUUAGAGGAGCACUAUAGGUUCAGGAACACAAACAUGUAUUCCUUACCCUAUAGGGUUAAAACCACCAUCUAGCCUGUCUGGUCCCCUUAUGCCUCCCUAAAUAUAGUAAAAUCAUACCUUGUAUUCAAGUCUGCAGCUGCUUACUUUGUCCCUGUUUCCUUUAGACCUGCCUGCUGACCUAAUCAGAAGUGGUAGCCUGAUCCAAUCACAACGCUUCCCCAUAGGAUUGGCGGAGACUGACAGAGAGGCAGAUCAGGGGCAGAACCAGCACAAUUCAAACACAGCCCUGGCCAAUCAGCAUCUCCUCAUAGAGAUGAAUUGAAUCAAUGAAUCUUUAUGAAGAAAGUUCAGUGUCUGCAUGCAGAAGGAGGAGACACUGAAUGUUUGGAUGCAUUUUAGGCAGAAAUGACCCAGGAAGGAUCUCUAACAGCCAUCUGAGGAGUGGCCAGUGAAGUUAUCACUAGUCUGCAAUGUAAACUCUGCAUUUUCUCUGAAACAAGCCGUGUUUACAGCAAAAAGCCUGAAGGUAAUGAUUCUACCAGAACAAAUUUAAUAAGCUGUAGUUGUUCUGGUGACUGUAGUAAAUUACAUCUGAUUGAAAGUGAAACCAUUUAUUUUUUCAUGCAGGCUGUGUCAAUUAGAGCCAGGGGAGGUGUGGCAAGGGCUGCAUAAACCGAAACAAAGUGAUUUAACUCCUCAAUGGCAGUGAAUUGAACAGUGAAACCUGAGAAGCAUGAUCUAUACAUUAAAACUGCUUUAUUAAGUUAAAGUUGUUUAGGUGAGUAUAGUGUUUCUUUAACCUUAAAACGUUUUAUCUGCAUCUACUGCACUCUUAAAGAAAAGGUGCAAUUACUAAUAAAGCAAAAAUUCCUCCAUAAGAACAGGAAAUGAGAUUGCUGGGAUGUCUGACAUCUUCAAUUCCUGCGGUCAACUGGGCAAAAUCUGGAUUUGGCUGCUACAGUGGAAAAUUCUCUCCUCUGGGUCAAAGUGUGGAAAUCUUGUAUUUCUGCCUCCUAGACUCUCUUCGAAAAAAGCAGAUGAUCGGCUAAACUGGUGGACAACACAUUUUUUUUUUCCGACAAGUCCGUCCUUUCAGCCUAUAGAGGGAGUAAUUUUCACCACAGAACUUCUCUAACACAGGCUGGGUCGCUCAUUUAAAUUCUCUAAUGUGCCAGCAUUCUUGGUCCAAAGAAAAAUAGUCCUCUAAUUUUAGAGCUCUUAAGGCAGUUCUUCACUCCCCUCACCGAUUCAGAUCUUGGUUGAUUGAGGGACCUAUUAAAAUGCGGUCAGACCACAACACUGUUUCCCUCACGUCAACGGACAGGCAUUCCACGCAUGAUGUGUCAAAAAUGUCAUCACCUACAACCUCAGCACAAGAAAUUGGGAUCAAGAGUAAUGGUCAACAGAUAGAUCUGGAGUGCCCGGAUAGACAUUAUGGCAGAGAGGGUGAACAUGUAGAUUCUCAGGUUUGCCUCUCUGUACAGGACAGUUCACGUUGAAUAGUUGGUCUAUUUAAGGGUAUUCUCCGGGCUUACAUUUUUUUCUCUUAUAGACUGUUUCCAAGACUUCUUCAAAAAAGGUGAACGGACAGAGCAGUGGUUCUGCCAAUCUUUCCGUACUGGCCAAACAUGAGCCAGUUUUUGGCCUUGGUGGAGAUGACUUUCAAGUUUUGGGGAACUUCUGAUCUCAAACACUUUUGGAAGUCAGGAUAUCUUGCUGGAAGUGUUGAAUAGGUUCUUAUUGACGGUAGGGCAACUGCAUGGUGGAUCCUUCAUCUCCUGAGUCUUUAAGAGUCAGGGUCCACUUGUUGCGUAUAAUCUUCUAGUUGUUUCGCCUUUAACUUUUACAUGAGGAUUUGGGUAGAGUCUCUGCAUUGUUGGAAGGAACGUCAUUGUCUUUUAGUUCAUUUGUCUGGUUGGUUCAAAUUGACACUUCCUGCAGGAGAUUUCCACAGGUUGGGCGUUUUCACGUUAAGACUAAAUUGUAUUCCCUAAGUUCUUUCUGAGAAGGGUUUGGUCUUUCAUACAUUCUGGUUAGAAGUUUCUUGAAAGCAAUAGGCUUCUUAGGCCACCAAAGAAGUUCAGUUUCCCUCCUGGGAAUUUUUUCAGUCUUUCAGGUCCCAUUUUACUUUGUAAGUGGUUCCUUUUAAUAUGCUGUAGCUUAACCAGCAUUCUUAGUGGCUAUUACCUUAGCCAAGAGAGUAGGCGAGCUUUAGGAUAUAUCCUCUUCAGUGGAAUUACUUAUAUUCCAUCAGCGUGGAAGUUGUUUCAUUCUAAAACUUCAAUUCUUCCAGAGUUAUCUUUUAGUACCGUUAAUCGGCUCAUCCUUCUAUAAUUAUGCCACCUCCCCGCUGGAACUAGAUGGCAUAUUCUAAAGUAAAAAAAAAUCAGAUCACCUGUUGUCAACAUUGAGUGAAGUUUUAAGGGGAAUGAAGUCUCUCGUAAUUCUAUUUCUUGUUAUUUCGUCAAUCAUUAUGGCCUAUGCUUCAGUAGUUUUGAUUCACCAGCUUCUUUCACAGCGCAUUUCACAAAAGCAAUGGCCAUUUUGUGGGCUGAGAAAAGCGCUUGCUUCACCCGAAGAAAUCAGCAUGGCUACUUCCUGGUCAGCUUUUAGCACUUUAAAAAUGUCAGGUAUUUUCAGGCUAGAUGUACUCUCUAUGCCUUUAAAACUGUGUAAGGGCGUAGGUACUUCAAGCUGUUUAGGCAUAAGGCCCACCCGAUUGGGAAUCUUGCCAUAUCCCAUACGUACUGCCACCAUAUGUCAGAAAAAACUGAAAUUUUUACUCACCGUAAAUUCGUUUUUUCCUAAUAUGGUGGCAGUACAAAUCUCCCUCCCUCUAAAUUACAAUUUUGUUUUCAGUGUGUGGCUUAGGUGUGUAUUCUUGCUACGAUUGAGGUGGAUUUGCCAGGGGAAGCCCUUUACAGGGUAAAGGGAGGGACCUUUCCUACUCACCUAUCUUGCAGAUGCUUGUCCCAGUUAGGAAGCACAACCCAUAUGUACUGCCACCAUAUUAAAAAAAAAAAAAAAAAUGUACAGUGAGUAAAAAUUUGUUUUUAAUCUUAAGAAUUUACAGAAAAACAAACAUCCGAUAGGCAGUGGUUCUGUAGGUGAAGAGAGGUCUGGGGAAAAUGGACAGAAAUGUUUUAACUGUUAUGUCCAAGCCAGCAUCUUUAAAUGCUCAUGUCAAUCUUUGAGGCAUAGAAGACAUAAGUAGCCACAAAAUGCAUGGAUUUUUUUAUUUGUUUUUUUGGCCCAAAUUUUGCAAUUUGUUUUUCACUUUACUACAAUGUGGUGAGUAAACCUUCUAUUCCUGUCAUCUGACAAUAGGAAGGCUACACUACAUGGGAAGCAUGGCCACCAAUCCUAGAUGACUUUGUAUAUUCAAAUCUCAAUAUUUGGUUGGAGAAUAUGACAUGGUUAGCUCAAAUGUACAAACGAGGAUCUUUAAAAAAAAUUUUUAAUUUCCUUUGCUUCGGGUGAAACUCUGUGAAAAUGUUUGUCUCAAAAUGAAAGAACUUGGAUCACUUUAAAGAAACACUAUAGCGUUCUAUUCUUGUUUACCAGCUUACUGUUUUCCUUGCUAUGUGAAGACUUGAACGGUGAGCUUUACUUGCCUUUCUGCCCUUGCCGUGUUGUUCUUGUUGGGGAAGCUCCACCUCCUUGAUUGAGAUUUCAAGUUCAAUGAUCCCACAGAGUCACAGCCACUACAGGCAUUUAAACCUUGCAAUGAAAUCAUUUCUGUUUCUGAAAAGGCAGUGUUUACCCUUCAGGGAUAAAAAUUUCAGUGACAUGGCAUUUAGACCACUUCAUUGAAAUGAAGUGGUCUGGGCGCAUAUAGAGUCCCUUUAAUUUUAUUUAUUUUCAAAUAGUGUCCUAGCAUUUACUUACGGAGAUUAGUUGCUCCAUGAGGUCUUUGUACAUUUGUUGUUUUAAAAGGGCAACUUUCAGAAGAUAUUUAAUUGUUUAGUUUUGUCCUCAGCAGAAUGCGUGCAUACAUAAUAGUAAUAUGAGAGUCACUAUUUGUUUCACUUCACCCACAGCUUCUUGGCCCAGGUCCACACACACCAAAGCAGCGUGCAGACGUAUCCCGUUUGGGUGAGCUGCGUGGGAAAGCUCUCCAGAUUAUGAACCAAUUCGGUGCGUCCACACUGAUCAAUCUGUCCACCUUUAACCCCUCCACCACUACCAUGUCCACAUCUGUUGCUGUGAAGCAAGAGCAGACUGUUGCCAACAGUACUCCAGGGGUCAAAGUGCCAGGGACAGCAGCAGCAGGAGGCGGACGUACAAGUCCAGAUGCCAAUCAAGUGAGUAGAAUAUUAGAAAGCUUUAUGGGUCAGUCAAGCACCAUAAUCACUAGAGCUUAUCGAGAGAAAUAUGGAGCAAAGCUGUUAAAGUGCAGGCUUUGUGAAAUUGCUUUUCUAGCAAUUUCACAAAACAGGUUUGACAAAAUUUGUACCUAUAAUGUAAUGAUAAUUCUGAUCAUCGACCUGGGAGAGGUUUCAGUAGUUUGCUCUUCUUAAAGUGGAACUUCCUGAGAAGUUGAAGAUUCUUGUUACUUCCCAAAAUUAAUGCUGCAUUACAUAAUUUACUGGGGUGAAUAACAGAGGGGUGGUAAACAGAAAAAAAAAAAAAAUCUACUUGCCUCUGCUGCACUUACACAUUGCAGGGACUUCUAGUCGGCUAUUGCAAGAGUUCCCUAAUUUAAAUACUAUGACUGACUUUGCCUGCCAAAAACCUGUAAAUGAAAAUACUGGAUUGUGUUGCAAUUCGUUCAGUAUGAGUAGUUAAUAAAUAACCUUGAGUGUAUAUCUUAAUGACAUCCUUUUUUUAUUAAAGUGAGAAUUAUUGGGAAUUCAAUGUGAAUUUAACAUCUAAGGCCAAAGUAGCUGCACUGGAAGCAUUAGCUGUCUUGAAAAGCUUUUCCACUAUGGUUAGUUUGGCCUCAAGUUUGAAAUUAAUUUUGAAUUCCGGACAAUUCUUACUUUAGUGAAUAGUCCUGCUAAAAUUGACAGAACUGCUAUUACUACCGUUUCAUACUCUCCAUCCUGUUUAUCUAUGCUUUCAUAUGUGUUAUUGUUUUUUUUUUUUUGUUUUUUUUUAACCUGCUUGUGCAACAUUUCUUUAUGAAAACCUAAAGUCUCACCCCUGUACCAGGAACACAAAAAAGUAUCUCAUUCUAUUUAUUCACCUGGAAUAUUUGAAACUGUAUUUAUUCAAGAUGAAUGGAGCCUUUUGGGGGUGGCUUUUAGUGUUUGGAAAUAACCUGUUGUUUUUUUUUUGUUUGUUUGUUUUUUACCAAACUGAUUGAAAACCAUUUUAUAACAUCAUUAACUUAUAGAACCAUAACCGUUAGAUCACCACAUUUUUUACACUAUAAUAUCUAUGAUGCUUUGACAAUCUAAAGGAUGACCAAGCAUAAUGGGAUUUGUAGUUCUAGAAUGUCUGUGAUCUACCUUUUGGGCACUCCUGUGAUAGAUUAACCACGUGAAGUCCUCUUUAAGGGAGAAAUUCACAUGACUGUGAAAACUGAUCUUUUUAUUUUAUUUUUUGUCCUCUGCAGAAGUAAUAUGUCAAUAUGAUCUUUCUUUAGGUUCUAACAAAGAAGAAGCUCCACGACCUGGUCAGAGAGAUAGACCCUAAUGAACAGCUGGAUGAAGAUGUGGAAGAGGUAAGCGAAGCAUGGGAAGUGCACAAACAGAAUUCUCUCUGUUCUGUUCAAAGAUACAUCAAGGGAUAUCUGUAUUUCUUUUCCAAUUACAGAUGCUCCUGCAGAUAGCAGAUGAUUUCAUAGAGAGUGUAGUCUCGGCAGCCUGUCAGUUGGCGCGACACCGUCGAUCAAACACGUUAGAAGUGAAAGAUGUACAACUUCAUCUUGGUGUGUAUAUCAAAUGUCUUUCAACUUGCUUUUCACUUAAAAUUCUUCAGAUUUUUUUUCCAAGUAUUUCAUAUAUAAUUUAAUAAAUGCAAUGAUUUUCUACCCCAAACAAGUGUUGCUCAAUCACAGCCUGAGACCUGCCAUUACAAAGCAUACAUUGCUCAAAUGUCUUGUGGUUUCCAUAUUGUGCACUCUGAUGCUGUUAAACUUUUUUGGUGGGUGGACACAAUAUACAUUGAUCCUGUAGAAGAUUGUGUUAACAAAGGGGGAAAAAGCUAGUGCAAAACUAUGGGGGAUUACAUUUAAAGGAACACUGUAUAGUGACCGGAAUACAAACAUGUAUUCCUGUCACUAUAGUUAUGAAAACAUAUUUUAAGAUACUGGCCCUCCUGACCUCUAGCUGCGGUGCUGACCCAAGAAUUACCUCUAGUGGCGAUCCUAGUGACUGCUACUAGAGAUGUUACUAGGCAGCAAUGUAAACACUGCCUUUUUUCUGAAAUACAUUAAAUACAUUAAGCUGUAGUUGAUCUGGUGACUACAGUGUCCCUUUAAUGAAACAGAUUUUUUUGACUGAUGUAUAUUGAUAUAUAUAUUUUAUUUCCCACUCAUGAGGCCAAGCAGACAUGUUGGGUCAAGUUCUUUUCGUGUCGGCUGCUUUUUCACUUAGAGCAUACAGAGUCAUUACAGCAGCAGGAAAGUUAGAUUGAUCAGCAGUUGGUUAGAUAACAGUAAUUUUUACAUUUGUCCGUUAUUACGCUGCUAGUAGUCAGUCAGUUUAGGAACUUCUAGUGAUGACUUGCAGUAAUUGAAGUCUUUAUGUUCAACGUCGUGUUGCUCCGCAUGAUGACACAGAACUAUUCUUUUUAUAGAGAAGCAUUGGUAUAAUAUUUCACUAUGAGGAGCAUCUGAAUGGAGCAGUGCAGUGAUUGCCAUGCAUCCACAGUAGCACCCCAAUGCUAUUUUGUGUGAAGUAUUGGAUUGGCAUGAGAUAAUCAUCAAUGAUGAUCUCACAACAAAUGGAGUGAUUGCUCUAACGAGUCUGGACAGUGCUGUUUAAUUUUUUUUUUUUUCCCUAUUACUAAAGGGCUUGCCCUGAAGCUUAUGGUUAAAUGGAUUACUCCAAUGUUAUGAAUAAUAUAUUGGUUCAAAAUGUUAGUGUUCCUUUUAUAAUUAAAGGACCACUCCACACCCAUAAAGCACUUGAGCCUGCUGAAGUGCUUUGUGAGUGAGAAGUAUCCCAUUUUAAAUGCACUUUUAGAAUGAAUUAGAAAUAACCGACAGCCAGGGAUGUUUGCCUCCUGCGACCAUUAGCUCCCCCUGAGCUAACAAUUGUGAGGCACUCUCAAGCUUCAGAGGCCUUUUAAUGAGAAACUUCUGAUAGGCUAAUUCCUCGUGAAGAUACGGUCAGUCUCUUGCAGUGGUUCUCAAACCAAUCCUCAAGACCCAAGUCCAGGUUUUGUUUGGAUCUCCAUUAUAAUAAAAUAGGGAAAUACAUAAAUCCUGGACUGUUGGUUGGCCAUGAGAACUAGUUUGAGAACCACUGCUUCAGGGGAAAUAGGGGAGGGUUUUAAAGUCUGCAGUUUAUAAAAACUGUAGCUUUUGCAAAGUCUGUUAAUAUAUACCCCAAUGAAAUAAUGCAUGCAGGUAUCCAUCGGUGGCAUAUCUACUAAACAAUGAUUUGUAAUCCCCGUCCUCACCACCAUUUGGGAAGUGGAGUGUCCCUUUAAAUGCCUAAAUUGAGCAGAUUAAAAAAAAAUUAAACAACACUGUCCAGACUCAUUAGAGCAAUCACUCCAUUUGCUGUGAGAUCAUCGUUGAUGAUUAUCUCAUGCCAAUCCAAUACUUCACACAAAAUAGCAUUGGGGUGCUACUGUGCAUGCAUGGCAGUCACUGCACUGCUCCAUCCAGAUGCUCCUCAUAGUGAAAUAUUAUACCAAUGCUUCUCUAUGAAAAGAAUGGUUCUGUGUCAUCAUGCUGAGCAACACAACGUUGAACAUAAAGACUUCAAUUACUGCAAGUCAUCUCUAGAAGGUCCUAAACUGACUGACUACUAGCAGCAUAAUAACAAAUGUAAAAAUUACUGUUAUCUAACCAACUGCUGAUCAAUCUAAGUGGGGGAAAAAAAAAUAUAUCAAUAUACAUCAGUCAAAAAAAUAACUUUCAUUAAAGGGACACUGGAGUCACCAGAUCAAGCACAGCUUAAUGUAUUUAAUGUAUUUCAGAAAAAAGGCAGUGUUUACAUUGCUGCCUAGUAACAUCUCUAGUAGCAGUCACUAGGAUGGCUACUAGAGGUGCUUCUUGGGUCAGCACUGCAGCUAGAUGUCAGGAGGGCAUCUUAAAAUGUGUUUUCAUAACUAUAGUGACAGGAAUAAAUGUUUGUAUUCCUGUCACUAUACACUGUUCCUUUAAAUAUAAUCCCCCAUAGUUUUGCACUAGCUUCCCCCCCCCCCCCCCCCAUCCCUUAACACAAUCUUCUACAGGAAGAAGGUAUAUUGUGUCCACCCAGUCACAGCUUAGUUACUUUUGCAAUUCAGACUUACAGGGACACUCCACUGCCAAAUAAAAAAAAAAAUAAAAAAAAUAAAAAAAAAUCACUGUUUAGUGCAUCAGACUUUCCAAUGCAGCUCAGUAAGACAACUGUGCAAGGCAGAUGCACUAGCCUGUUACAUGCCUCUUGAAUUUACCUCCACUGCCCUAAACAAACAAAGGAAGUCUGUUGCCUGCCUGAAAGCCAGGUGGGUGUAACAAGGUUCAUGUAUAAAAUUGCCAAUUUCUAUUGAAAUCUUUUUUACUUUUAUGCUGCCAAGCGUUGCGCACAUUUGUUGUUUAUUAAUACUUGGAAGUGAUUUUUUUUUUUUCUUUUUGAAUAUGAUAUUUUUUUUUAUUAUUAUUUAUUUAUUUAAGAACGGCAGUGGAAUAUGUGGAUUCCAGGAUUUGGGUCUGAAGAAAUCCGGCCAUAUAAAAAGGCAUGCACAACAGAGGCACACAAACAGGUAAAUCUUAUUUAUGCUAUCUGCUUGAUGUACACAUGAUGUUAAGAAGGAAGUCGACAACCUGUGUUUGCAAGAGGUGGCUUUUUAUUUAUUUAAAUUGGAAUAUGGCCUGGUGAAGUUAGGGUUUUUGAAUUCUUUCCUGCUUUUUGACUUCAGAAUUUUACUCUUGAAGCAGCACUACAGGUGUGUGUUUGGAGAAUUUAACUUGAAUCACAAAUGUCUGCUCUCCUUUAGUAGCGUCCGUACGAGAUACGGUCUUGAAGGUUUUUCUUGUAAAUCUUCCCAUUCAAAGGGUAAUCAUGUAUAUCUGGAAGGAACACAGAGCAUAUGUAAUAUUCAGAUAUCAAUCUAAAGGAGAACCAUUACAUCAGUUAUGUCAUUUCAAUGGAUGGGAUUAGUACCCAAUUCUCUAGUGCUCUGAUGUGACUUAAGACAAAAUCACACCUAUACAUUUUAUUAAAGUAAAACACUUCUUUUCAGCAGGCAAUUUCAGGGUUAUUCACUAAAUGAACAUUUGUUAAUUAAAUCCAAUGGAAAAACUGAGUCAAAUGGAAGCUGAUUUGGAAAUAUUCUCCAACUCAACCAUCACAACGUAAAGGGUUAUUUCAACCAAAAAGAAAGUUUUUGUAAAAAUGGUAAUAAUGCACAGAUUUAAAAUUAGAAAACAAAACACUGAAGUGGCCAUGGUGCAUAUAGUAACCCUUUCACUAUUUUUUGAGAUGUGAUAUCAAAAUACCAUUUUGUAGUAUGCAAUAAUAUAUAUAUAUUUUUUUUUUUUAUUGGGCUAACAUAAUACUAGUUUUCCUAUUUGCUUCAGACCUAAGGAAGAGAGGAAUACUCUUGAAAGCUUAUCUUUUAAGUAUUCUGUUAGUCUAAUAAAGUAUCAUUGCAUAGUGCAAUACUCUGGUAUUUUGGAGUCUUGUCUACUGGACUAAUACAGCCAAUCCAAUCUACACUAUAUGUAUGUAUGGUAUUUUAGAGUACUCAAUGCGUUAUGACUAUGUUGCUCAUUUCAAUAAACAUUGUAAAUUUGGUUACACAAACUUGACCAUAUCGAUGUAGUCUCAAUGUAUUGAAGAUAGGCAGUAACAGAAAAGGUAUCAAUUUACUCUUUAAAGGAACAACAACAAAAUGUAUUUGCCUUGGGACAAGGUAAAUGCAGACCUGUUUUUGUUCUAGUGAUGAGUAGUUUUAAAUUGCACAUUAAUAUUGUUCGUGAAAUAAAAUCUAUUUUGUUUCGGUCUGUAUAUCAACCUGGUUUGUCACUUAUAUUUACUAUUUCUUUACAUCAUUGUUUACAAUCUUUUUCUCAUAUUUAUAUAGCCAUAUAUCCCUUUCUGACCCCUUUAUUUUUGUUUUAUGCAUUUCAGAGAAUGGCUUUAAUUAAAAAAACCCAAAAGAAGUAGAAGCCCAUUGCAGCUGCACACCUCAUCUGCACACCACAAGGACUUCUUCAAUGUGCAGCAAGCAAGAAGAUGGUCUCCUCAAGCAAAAAGAGAUUUGUGUGUGAGACAGAAUCCACUAAUUCACACUGUGGAUUUCUUUUCUUAACCCUGCAUUACAAAGCCCUCUGGUAGGGAAAAGGGUGAAAGUCUCCUCUGUUUAUAUUUGUAUAUAAAAAGGGUGUUUUAGUAAAGUUUGCAGAAGUAACAAUACCUGUGAAGGUUCUUUGUGUUAGGGGUGCCAAUGCAGAAACAGCAAAGGGGACCUCUAAUUUUGCAGCAACAGAGUUGUUUCUUCACAGGAAUAAGAUUGUUGAAGAAUGAGGUGUUAAUAAUUGUUUAAAGUCUCUUGCACAAUAGCUUUGUGUCUACAGAAUGAAAUGAUGCUUCAGUGGAAAUAGCAGAGAAAGAUGGUCACAUACCUAGUAAAGAGACUUUAGAUGUGCCUUUUCAGCAUGCACACCCAUUUCUCUGUUUUGCCUUGUCCUCCUCCACAGCAAGGCAUUCCCCACUCCAAUGCUCCAUUUGUGGUCGCUCUUCCCGUGCUGCUUUGAGUAGCUCCCGACACAGAAGAGAAAGUGCAGCUGAGACGUUACUGCCUGUCCGUGCAGACGUCUCUAAAUAUGGAGCUCUCAGGUUAUCUGCCAGUCUCUGUCCAUCUUCUCUGGUUAUCACUCGCUGCUCUCGUAAGUCACUCUUUGCUCCCAGCAGCAGGAAUAAUAGAGGGUGCGGUCGUGUCCGAUCUCUAACCUCCUGAUACCACUCCAUUAUACUCUCAAAAGAUGAACGAGCAGUAAGAUCAAAGAGGAGAAUAACACCAGCUGCAUUCCUGUAAUAAGAGCGUGUAACCGCCCUAGAGACAAGCGUAUAGGAUGGAGAUUAAAUCAUAUAACAAGUAACUUUGUUUUUUUUUUUAUGUAGAGGCUUGCAUGAGAAUGAAAAGGGUUUGGAAUAUUGCAAUUUACUUUGGUACAAAUAAAAGCAAGCUAAAAGGCUCGCAGUGUGCUUCUGUGCAUAUGCAAUGAUACAUCAGUGUGUUAUAGAAGAUGGCAUUCUCUCUUCAUACAGCUAAAUAAACAUACUUUUGUACAUUGGCUGAAAAAAUGUAAUCACACUGACAGAGAAUUGUCUCCACCUCACCGAUAGCGCUCCUGGCCAGCUGUGUCCCAGAACUGCAGUCUGAUUUUAAUUCCACUCUCCAGCUCCUCUACUCGGGAACAGAAAUCCACCCCUACAGUUUGCCCUGUGCUUUCUGAGAACUGGCCAUCUGUGUACCAUCGGAGCAGAGAGGUUUUUCCUACCCCGGAGUUUCCCAGUAACAACACACGGAACUGGAAGUCCCAAGCACACGCCAUCCGAAGUGCUUAGACUGGCAAUCUGAUGAUUGGAGCAAUCGACUGUUUAUAAUGAUACGCUCUCAUUCUGUGUUUUCUCAUUGUACUGGCUGUUAGCUAGGCCAGUUUCAGGUUUCCACUUGCCUCCUACUUUCUCCUCCCUCAUCCUUGUCUGGACAGGUAAAAAACUGCAAAAAUGCUACUUCACUCCCCCACUCCUAACCACCACUGUAAUAACAUGAACAUACUGUUUAUCAAUCCCUUUUCACUUUUGUAGAAGUACCGUUUGUAUGUUAAAAAUAAAACCCUAAUUGGGAUAUGGCAUGUUUCUGCAAUUAUGAGAGUUUAAGGAGCUGACAGGUUAAUACAUUGCUCAUGUACACAUUCAGUAUCCUGUACAGUGUCUUGCAGAUGGUAUAGACAUCAAAACAAUUUUAUUAACUAUAGUCAGAAAAGGAACAAAAAAACAAAACUAGGAAGUAGAUAUGUGAAAAAUGUACUAAAUAUGGACACUAAAACUGGACACUAGGUAUACUGUACAAUACUGAGAAAAAAAAAAAAAAUAGAACACAACAAUGAACAGAGAAAACUGAUCAUAAAGCCCGGAGCUGAUAUUUAGAGGAAACCGGAAAUAAAUAUAUAAAAACAUACAGUGCAAUGAAAUUAUUUAUAAAAUCCAGUGGGGGGGGGAAUCAAAACAACUUUAACCAAAACAAAACCUAGAAUUUGAGCUAUAUGUAAAUUAAUCCAUAAUUUACCUCUUUCAUAUGAAAUCUUAAAACACUUAAGAAAUUAUGUUCUGUAUGGCAUUUUAACUGUGAAUGUCAUAAUGAUUUUAGCUUUUACUGCAAUUAGAUACACAUAUUUGUAUUCUGUGGUCUCCCCCAUGUACGAUUUUCUUGGUGUUAUGCAAAGUUACAGGGUCAAAAAAGAGGCUUGCCCAUUUAAGUAUGUACACACUGAAAUUUGCCAGAUUGGUUUAAUGGGUCCUUGUUGAGACCGUAUGGCCAAUGGUGGAUCUACUGCUGGUGCAACUGAACCAGGGCCCACAAGUUCUUUUGGCCAUUGGUGGUCCAAAGACUUAGGGCCAUCUGAUGGACAUUUUUGAUCAGGGUCCCCGUGCGCUGCCGCAGCUCUUUAGCAUUUCAGUCGGGCUCUGUGUUCUGUGUACAGCUGCAGUGCUGGGAGGAAGUGAGUAUUAGUCACUUCCUUCCAGCUUACCAACAAGCAGUGCAGGAGAGAGGGGAUGACCAGACUCCAAUUACAUCCAGCCAAAUGCCACUUGUUCCCAGACAAACCACCCUCAUGUACCAAAGAUUUAUGGAG